AUGCCUUUGAAACGCCAACGUCGUGCAGUGUCGCUUGAUGACAUAAGCGACCUGAAAUCACAGAAGGAGUUGAUAUUUAAUGAACUUUUGACUGAGUGCGAAAUAAGUGACACAUUAUCUUUUAUAAUACGGGUGAAACUCCAGAGAUUUCCUCUUGAAGUCAGAAGGGAGAUCGUUUCAAGGCGUGAUUGCGCUCCUUUAUUCGCAGCUUGUGGGCACGGCCACCUUGAAACUGUGAAAUACCUCAUCAAACAAUGCGACGCUGAUAUAGAAAAAAGAGAGAAUGGUGCGGACCCUGUUCUAAAAAAUAAGCACGCUGAUGAUGCAUUACAGACGGCUUGCUUCUGCAAUAAUAAGGGUGCAUUUGAAUAUUUGAUUGAAAAAUAUACUUAUUCUAAAGAACGAAUUGCUGAAGCAUAUGAACUGAUGGGUUCUACUGUUCUUGAAGAGAGUGGCAAUAUAAGAGAGGCUUUAAGUCAUUGGCGAACAGCUCUUUCACUCAGGAAUGAGGAUCCAAACAACUACUUGGUGAAGAAAGCAAUUCCACAAAAAGCAUCUAACCCGAAAGUGACAGAAUUCACUUCCGAGAAGGAAUUAGAUAUUUUCGCAUUGGACAUGGACGCCAUGAAAAUGCAAUCUCUCCUCGUGCGAGAGAGAAUUUUGGGUCCAUUCCACAAGAACACGAUUUCGAGUUUAAGAAAUCUCUGGGAAAGCUCUGCUUUGAGGGACCAUUACGCACAGUGA